CAUAAUAAAGUACCAAUUCCUUGAUCUCCCAUUUCCCCUUACUUCUUUAUAUAUAUCUUCUAUUCUUAUAUUCUCCUAUUCUCUAAUUCCUCCCCUGGCUGCCUCCCAUGCCCCCCGUCGGUGCCGCCCUUUGGCGUUCCCUGCGCGCCCACCAGGUCUACGGUGCCAACACCGACGUCGGCAAGACCAUUGUAUCCACCGUUCUCUGCAAUGCCAUCCAACGUCUCAACUCUCAAUCUCCCGCGGCAUUCUUGAAACCGGUGUCAACCGGUCCAUUAGACGAUGCAGAUGACCGACACAUCCGGCGCUACGCCCCGGGCACGCUGACCAAGUGUCUGUACCAAUUCGACGAGCCCGUCAGCCCACACAUUGCGGCGAAGCAGAAGCAACUGACGGUUCCGCGGGAUGAUGAUAUCAUCACCUCCAUCCAUCAGACCCUUUCCGACUGGGCAGCACAGGGCAUUGAUUUUGCCCUCGUUGAAACAGCAGGCGGCGUGCACUCGCCGGGCCCUAAUGGUAAUUCCCAGGCCGAUCUGUAUCGGCCUUUACGGUUGCCGAUUGUUCUGAUUGCGGACUCCCGCCUCGGUGGCAUCUCGUCCUCCAUUUCGGCGUAUGAGUCAUUGUUAUUGCGCGGGUAUGAUGUGAAUUCUGUGUUGCUGUUUCAGGAUGAUUACUACCAGAAUCAUGAGUAUCUGCGCACCUAUUUCCAGAAAAAGAGUAUCCCCCUGGUGCCGCUGCCGCAGCCCCCCGCGCGCCCGGCAUCGCGGGAUGCGGAUGCCGAGGCCCGUGAUGAGGAGGCCAUGGCUGGGUACUACGAGCGUGUGGCGCGGGGUACCGAUGUCGCUGGGUUGUUGGAGGAGAUGACAGCGAAGAAUGAGGCGCGAAUUGAGCGCCUGGAGGCCAUGUCCGGUCGGGCUCACGAGACCAUUUGGUAUCCGUUCACGCAGCACCACGGGAUGGCGCCGAAGGAUAUUACGGUGAUUGAUUCUGCGUACGACGAUUUCUUCCAGACUUACAAGCCUGCGGAGCCCUCGCAGGAGGGUGGCCUGCGCGCGACGUUCGAUGGCUCCGCCUCGUGGUGGACGCAAGGUCUCGGGCACGGAAACCCCGAUCUGGCCCUGUCGGCGGCGUACGCUGCAGGUCGCUACGGUCAUGUCAUGUUCCCCGGGAAUAUCCACGAGCCUGCACUGACUCUGGCGGAAACGCUGCUGCAGACGGUCGGGAACCCGCGUCUGCAGAAGGUCUUUUACAGCGACAAUGGCAGCACGGGCAUGGAGGUGGCUAUUAAGAUGGGUCUUCGGGCGGCAUGUGACCGGUACGGCUGGGAUGCCAGCCAAGAGCAGAUUAGUAUCCUCGGCCUCAAGGGCAGCUACCACGGUGAUACGAUCGGAGUGAUGGACUGCUCGGAGCCUUCUACAUACAACAAGAAGGUGGAGUGGUACCGGGGUCGGGGUUACUGGUUCGAUUACCCCCAGGUGCAGAUGUCACAGGGAGUGUGGAAGGUACAAAUCCCCGAGAAUCUGCGGUCGGCCUUGGGGCCUGACCUCGAGUACUCGUCGUUGGAUGCGGUGUUCGAUCUGGAGACGCGGGUCGCCUCGGAGGUUGGACAGCGCUACCAAGAGUACAUCCGGGGGACGAUCGCAGAGCUGGUGCAGCAGCAGGGAAUGAAAUUUGGCUCGCUGAUCAUGGAGCCGGUGAUCUUAGGAGCGGGAGGCAUGCUAUUCUGUGACCCCCUCUUCCAGCGGUGCCUGGCUGAAGUGGUGCGUGGUCACCCGGAGCUCUUUGCCCCUGGCGCCACUGCAGGCGCGGCGGCGGGAUCGUCGUGGUCGGGACUCCCAAUCAUCUUCGACGAGGUGUUCACCGGGCUGUACCGGCUGGGACAGCGAUCGUCGGCCUCUUUUCUUGGGGUGGAUGCCGACAUCGCGGUCAACGCGAAGCUGCUCACAGGCGGGCUGGUACCGCUAUGCACGACGCUGGCGAGCAACGAGGUGUUCCAGGCGUUCUCGAGCCCGCACAAGAGCGAUGCGCUGCUGCACGGGCACAGCUACACGGCGCACGCGGUUGGGUGCCAAGUCGCGGUGGACUCAUUGCGAACGAUGAAGCAGCUGGAACGCAGUGGGGCAUGGGACAAGUACCGGCGGGAUUGGCAGCCGGCGGCGCUCCCCUCUGCGCCCCGGGCGCGACCGGAGGUCUGGAGCGUCUGGUCGCAUGGGUUGGUAGGGCAGCUGUCCCAAGCGCCGGCUGUGGAGGGGUUAUUUGCCCUGGGAACGGUUUUGAGUAUUGCCCUGAAGGAUACUCAGGGCGGAGGAUACACGUCGACGGCGGCCCAAGGACUGCAGCAGCGGCUGGCAGCGGGUGGGGAGCAUUUUGCAGUGCAUUCACGCGUGCUGGGCAAUGUGCUGUACCUGAUGGCCAGUGUCACGUCAACCCCGGAGGCAUUACGGGAGAUUGAGGAAGUGCUGCGGGCGGCGUUGUUGGUGGAGUGAAGAAGAUUCUUCCGAUCAGAUCUAUAGUACAGUGUAUACGACACAAUACACCAUAGAUAACGACAAACUACGUAGAAGUAAACUAGUAUAGUAUAGGCAUAG